CUUUCACCGCGAAUCAACGGCUCGGUUAACGGUAGUUUUAUUAUUAUGCAAUGUGGGAGGAUAAAAAUGUCAACUCUGAGAAAGUACAAGGCAGCAAAAACACGGCGAACAAACUGCAUAAUAAGAUAGAGGAUCGCGGCCGGCAGCAGCUAUGCGCGUAUACUUUCACGGAGACCCCCUCCCUGCACCUCUUACUGGCUGUUCCGCUCUCUUCUUUGGGCUUUCGAGAACGCCUGUUGCCCUGCGAGAAUAGCGUGGAGGAUCAGUAUAGCGCUGGCGCGCACACACCGUCUUCGUCCGUAACAGAUUUCGCGAUCAUGUCGUCCUCCCGGCUCACCGAGUUCUAUGACAAACGCGAGAUCCUCUUGACAGGAGUGACUAGCGAGCUCGGGAGUAAUUUGCUCGAAAAGCUGCUCAGAUCGUUUCCAGAUGUUAAAGUGCACGUGGUACUCAGAUCUCGAAACGGAAUGAAUCAGACCGAUCGCGUGAAGAAAAGACUUUACGGCUCAGCUGGGUAUGAGCGAUUACGCCAGGACGGGGCCAAUGCGAUGGAUCGGCUCGAGGUUUACGAGGGCAACCUGCUCUAUGACGAGUUAGGCCUAACUAGCCAAGUCCAGGAGGCACUGGUCAACGUGAGUAUUGCCUUUCACGCGGCCGGACCAUUGGAGAAACUUCUCGAGUUCUGCAGCAGCAGUCGACACUUGUCCAAUUUGCAAGCGGUCGUCGUGGCCGCCGAUAUAUUCAGAUGUGCAGAGGACCAAGUACUCGAGAGCGGAACUAUGGACGGCGAGCCUACUGCCUUCCGCCUAAUGCAGACUACUGCUCGGCGACAUCUGCCAUUGUGCUGUGUUCGAUUUCCGGCACUGGGACCGGCGUAUCGAGAACCAAUGCCAGGUUUCCUCAACGCGCUUACAGGAGCGACGGCUUUGAUGGUAGGAGCAGGCCACAUGCUCGGCCGCUCAGAUCUACCUGCCGAAAUCAUUCCUAUGGACAUAGCUACCAAUACGCUCAUCGCUGCCGCUUGGGACUUGGAAAAACACAUCAUGCCCGAUGGAAUAGCUGUUUAUAAUGCCUCGACAAUCAAUUGUACUUGGGCUGAGCUCGUCAAGAAAGGUGACCGAGCAAGCCAAAAAUUUCCAUAUCCAUCCUUUAGUGUGCGAGGCAUAACGUCCUCAGCCUUCUUACAUUGGAUUAUUGUCCUUCUUUUCGAGUGGCUCCCAUCUCUCUUGUGCGACGCCAUACUCUACGUAUUUGCUCGAAAGCAAAGGCUCACAGCGGAACACGCUCGGAUUCGUAAGGUGCUGAAAAGCUUUGAACCCGUGGUUUCGCGUCCACUGACGGUGCAGCGUCGGAAAAUAAACGAUAUACAAAACAGCUUAUCAAUUCAAGAUCAAGAAUCCUUUUCUCUACGAGCCGACAACAUUGACAUCGAAGCGUAUGUAUUGUGUGCUGCUGCAGCAACGAGAAAAUAUUGCGUCGACGAGGGCAAUUUAAAUUUUAAUCUUAAGAUCGUGACGUUCUUUAUGCCGACUGUUUUAGCUAUUUUUGUUUUGAGUUUGAGCUAUUACUAUUGUUUUUUACUCUAGCGUUGUAAAUUGUUUUUCUUAGCCUUCAUCAAUGAGGAUAAAUACGCAUAGUGAAUCUGGGUGUACAGUUUAAUAUAUAUAUAUAUAUAUACAGAUAAAGUUUGCAAGAAAUGUACAAAAUUGUGUAAUAGAAACGAGUACGGCGGCCAUACCCCUACUCCUUUUCCUGUUUUCCACUGGCAAACAGCCAAGUUCUAACUAUUUAUAAUUAUUUUCCAAAGUGCCAUUUCAAGGAUAUGUAUACGUUACAAAGUUUGUCAGUUAUUAAAAAGUUGGUCAAAAAUUA